AUGGAGAAAACAAUCAAGCAGGAGUUUGAAGUGAAAGCGGAGGACGUUGUCAAUGACGAUGCAUAUACAGGUGGAACUUACAAGCUGGGUGGAAACGGUUGGGAAGAGAAAGUGUUGAAGGGUAUUUCAGUGGAAGAAGUAUGCAAAAUGAAAUUUGCUUGCAUAGACGAGGCCGAAACAUUUUACAACAUGUUAGCAAAACUAACCGGAUUUAGUAUUCGAAAAGAUGAUUUGAAGCGAGACAAGAAUGGAGAUAUAAUAUCUCGAAAGUGGGUGUGUUCCAAAGAAGGACAUCGAGCGACAAAGUUUAUUGAGAAUGACAACCGACAGCGUGAGCCACGAUCGUUGACUAGAGUUGGAUGUGAAGCUGCAUUUCGUGUAGGCUUGAAUAGGAAAGAUGGAAAGUGGAUUGUAAAGGAAUUUAAAGGAGAUCAUAAUCAUAAUUUGGUCGAUGCUAUCAACAGACAAUUCCUUCGGUCUCAUCGAACAGUAAGUAAUCCAGAUAAGGCACAAGUUGAUGUUUUGCGUAAAGUAGGUGUUAAAACCACACAAAUUAUGGACUAUAUGGUCAAACAAUCAGGGGGACAUGAGCACGUCGAAAGUCGACUAGCAAAUUUGUUUUGGGCUGAUUCAACUUCUCGAAUGGAUUAUGCGUGUUUUGGAGAUGUCCUAGCAUUUGACACAACCUAUAGGACAAAUGCCUAUAAAAAGCCUCUAGUAGUGUUGGUCGGUGUUAAUCAUCACCACCAAACUGUUGUAUUUGGUUGUGCGUUAUUGAUGGAUGAAAGUGUUGGGACAUAUGAAUGGGUGUUGGAGACAUUUCUUGAGGCAAUGAUGAAUAAGAAACCCAUAUCUGUUGUAACCGAUGGGGAUAAAGCUAUGCGUAAGGCAAUUAAAAAAGUAUUACCCGAAACGUGUCAUCGAUUGUGUUCAUGGCAUUUGCAACGAAAUGCAUUCACGAAUGUGCAUAUUAAGGACUUCUCAAGCAUAUUUGCAAGGUGCAUGUUCAUGCGUGGGAAUGAAGAAGAAUUUGAAAAGGUUUGGCAUGAAAUGGUUGCAAAUUUGGGACUUAAUGAGAAUCGUUGGGUGACCGAGAUAUAUGGGAAACGUAAAAGAUGGGCAGAGGCGUAUUUACGUGGAAAUUUCUUUGGAGGGAUGAGAACCACACAAAGGUGUGAGAGUAUGAAUGCAUAUCUAAAUAGAUUCUUAAAAAUUCGCUUGCGACUGUAUGAGUUUGUACAACAAUUUGAUAGAGCCAUAAUGAGAAUACGGCAAAACGAGGCAAAGGCAGAGUUCGAGUCGAACAAUUCUUCACCAGUGCUUUCAACCAAACUAUCCAUAAUUGAAAAUCAUGCUGCGACGGUAUACACGAAAGAAUCUUUUAUUAAAUUUCGUGAGGAGAUGAAAAAUGCAGAGUUAUUCUUUGUGGUAGGUCUUGGAAUGUUAGGGGAGCAUUUGUCGAAUGAACGAUCUGACAUGUACAUAGAUUGUGGUGAACUUAAUAAUCUGAAAAAAACAAUGGAAUGUGCAUGUGCAGAUAGCAGGAUUUCAGCAACAUGA